AUGAAGACUUUAUCCUUCCUCUUCCUCCUCCUCCUCCUCCUCGCCUCAGGAGCCUGUGACGGCGUCAAGUACAUCUCCAAGAGGAACUCAGUGGAUGGAUGCAUAGACUGGUCGGUGGAUCUGAAGGAGUACCAUGUUCUGGCCGGUGAGCCUGUUCGGGUGAAAUGUGCCUUGUUCUACAGCUACAUUCGAACUAACUACACUAUGGCCACCAACGCCAAGCUGCGCCUCAUUUGGUACAAGAACAAAGGAGACGCAGAGGAGCCUAUCAUCUUCUCGGGUCAUAGGCUGAGUAAAGAAGACGACUCCAUCUGGUUCAGAUCUGCUGAAGUGGAAGACAAUGGAUUUUACACCUGUGUACUAAGGAACUCAACAUACUGCAUGAAAGUGUCCAUGUCGAUGAUUGUGGAGGAGAGUGAUGAGGGGAAAUGCUUCAGCAGCAAGAUCCGCUAUCUGGAGAAAGCUGAGAUAACCCAUAGUAAAAUGAUCAACUGCCCAGAUAUAGAAGACUAUUUAUUUCCAUACAAGCAACCACAGAUGACCUGGUAUAAGGAGUGUGAGCGGGUAGAAUGGAGAAGCUCCAUCACAGUCAACACUACAAACAUCUGGAUUCCUGAGGUGGAGGAAGGCGACGGGGGAAAUUACACCUGUGAGUUAAAGUAUGGAUCCAGACUGGUGCGGAGGACAACACAACUCAAAGUCACAGCUCUCCAGACCACUCAGCCUCCCAAGGUCCUUUUUCCCCCGGAGAGACAAGACACAGUGAUAGAAAUCACGCCUGGUAUGCCUCUCAGUCUGGACUGCAAGGCGUUUUUUGGCUACAGUGGAGAAAACAGAAGGCCCAUUAUCUACUGGAUGAAAGGAGAAAAGUUUGUCGAAGAACUAGCAGGACACAUUAAAGAAAGUGAAGUCAGGAUUUUAAGGGAGCAUUUAGGGGAGAAGGAGGUGCAACUAUCCUUAACGUUUGAUGCUGUGGAGGAGGCAGACCUGGCCAACUACACCUGUUAUGUGGAGAACCACAUAGGGAAGCGCAGUGGGAGUGCUAUACUGCAGAAGAAAGAUAUGUAUCGUCUGGAGCUGGCGGGUGGUCUGGGGGUCAUAUUGUUGCUGCUGGGAGUCCUGACGGCACUUUAUAAGUGUUACAACCUGGAGAUCAUGCUUUGCUACAGGAGACACUUUGGGAGUGAUGAAACUGAAGAUGAUAAUAAGGAGUAUGAUGCCUAUCUGUCUUACACUAAAGUGGACCUAGACUCUCUGGGCAGCAGGACGAGCAGUGAUGAGGAAACAUUUGCUUUGGAGAUCCUACCGGACGUUUUAGAGAAACAUUAUGGAUACAAGCUGUUCAUACCAGACAGAGAUCUAAUACCUAGCAGCACCUACAUUGAGGACUUGGCUCGUAGCGUGGAACAGAGCAGACGUCUGAUUAUCGUUCUGACUCCAGAGUUUGUCGCCAAAAGAGGGUGGAGCAUCUUCCAGAUAGAGACACGCCUGCACUCCAUGCUGGUGACUGGGGAGAUCAAGGUGAUCAUGAUAGAGUGUGCAGACCUGAAGAAUGUCAUCAACUACCAAGAGGUGGAAGCACUUAAGCAUACAAUCAAGGUUUUAUCCAUCAUCAAGUGGAGGGGUCCAAAGAGCAAUGAGCUGUCAUCUAAGUUUUGGAAACAGGUGGUCUAUGAGAUGCCUGCUAAACGCAGAGAGACACUGUCCAGACGCCAGGUGAUGGACUCCGGUGAACAGGGCCUCUUUGGUGACCUACAGACCACCGUCUCCACCAUUGCCAUGACAACCACUUCAGCCUCCCUGGCGCCCCCUAAUGAUAGUCGGCAUGGACAUCAUCAGGUUGCCUUGGCGACAGAGAUCCCCGACUACAACCAGAUGACCUUGCCGCUGGGUGGUGGUCACACUGCUACAGCAGCCCAAAUGAGACAUUUCUGCCGUAGCUACGAAUUCCAGCUUCCUCCACAGCCUUCCUCCCUGUCACCUCCCCUCCCACCGCCUUCCACCGUGCAGUUCUCCACUCUGGGUCCCGGGGGGCGCCACGUCUAUUGCAACAUCCCUAUGACACUGCUGAAUGGACAGGGGUUCAGAGCAGUUCACUGGGGAACAAGAGGGGCCUCAGAGCAGUACGCUUGGGAAGAAGCCAGAACUCCACCUGAACAGCACCUUCGUACCGCUCACCAGCAGAGAACUAAGCUCUGACAUCUGGUAGAAGGACUGCUCAACUGGUACUGGAUAACAGUCCGGUUUACAGACUGCUUUUACACUGGCUUCGGACAUGGGAUAGGCUGGUUGGUCAACUGGUUUUCAUUGGGUUUUUUGGACCGUGUACAGCCUUGGCUACCAGGACUGCCUGCAGACAUGUUUUGGGCCACUUUAUCCCAUUGUGUGAACAAAGGACUGCUUGAAGACUGUAUAAGCCUUGGAUUCACAUUGGUUGAGUAUACUGGCUGCAGACUGCUCACAGACAGAUUCCAAUACUGAUUGUACACUGGUUUUGGACCUACCAACUGGUUACAGACUGAUACAACCUGAUAUGUAAGGUGUGUGGCCAUGACCAUUGGAAAGGAGCCCUCUUACACAACACGACUGGUCACACGCAUUUGACUGGUGCAGAGAGUUUGUAGACAAGUAUGGACAUAUGGAUGUAAUGAACUGGAAAAGUCAGUGAAAGGUCCACGGUACUUAAACAAUGAGUAGGUAUCCACAGACAGGAGUUGUUUUUAAUUCGUUGAACAAGCUACGGAUUUGGACCUUGGAGUAUCUCGUAAGUCUGCUCACACACCAGCUGGAAAACCAGUUGAUUGGUAAGCUUAACUACUCGGAAAUAUUGGUCGACUGAAAAACAAAAGUAGCGUAAUCUCAGAAUGCCAGUCGAUCUGAGUUCUCAUAAUCAACCUGUUGACUAGGUGGCUUAUCAAUAAACAAGGCAGACUUCAAGCAAUGAUUUUGGAAUACCAGUUCACCUUAAAACAACAAGUCAACCUCUUGAAAUACAAUUGGUGGCUAGCUAGCUAGCUACCUGGUUUGGCUCUUAGAAGCUAAAAUGGUUGACAUAAAAUAAAUGGAUUCCAGCAAGAAUAGAUAGACGAAAAGAAGUGAUGCAUAAAGCAAUUGCUAAACCUAAUUACUGAGAAAGCACAGUUCGCUGGUGUAUAUGGAAACAUAGCUAGUUGUUAAAACUAGCUGACUAAAAGGUUAGUUACUUAUUGAGCUAGGAGGAUGCUAAAAGGCACCAUGAGACUGCAAACCAGCCAGCUCAUCACCUUGUAACCCAGUAAUCAGCAACUAGUCAACUCAUCAAGAGGUGGACUGGCCAAGAGUUGACCUACCAACUUUUACCAUCAAGCUGAAAGCAUAAAGGACUUGGCUUUUUCUAUUUGCAUGACCACCCAUUUAGAUAAAAAAAAUAAUCAAAUAAACAUAGAUAAAAGAGUAAAUGACAGAAUCAUUUCUCGCAGCCUCUUUUAAUAUGGAGGAGAAUAAACGUCUUAUGUUGAUACAGUAUAUUUGUUUUCUGUCGGGCCAUGAAGUAAUGAUAAAAACUGAUAAAGGGAAAAAAGGAGGUGUCCCUCCAAAAACAUGUUUUUAUUAUUUAUUUUGUUUUGUUUUAUUCAAGAGUUUUAUCCUCUUAGAAGGUUGGUGAUUUUUUUUUUGCCAGGCUUUGUUCUUAAUGUUUGUUUGUUACAAUAAUCUCUGUACAGCUUCCAUAACUUGCAUAGACCUAUACAUGACAGUGAUUUGUUCCCUGCAAUUUUUGUUAACACCCAGAUUAAGUGUGUGAGACCAGACCCCCUUUUUGCUUUCAUUCAGUUCCUAUUUUCAUCAGUGGAUGGAUGGAAUGGAUGGAUGGAUGGAUGAUAGAUAGAUAGAUACAUGGAUGGAUGGAUGCUCAUGGCAGUACAACCCUGUUAACGGACUGAUGUUCUGAGCCUGUCACUCUGGAAUCGAGACCACUACCAGUCAGCCGAAGGGGGCUUCACUGCAUAAAAGCCGGACUCCAAGUUGAACCAGACCACAUUAUUCUUUGUGAGCUUUAAGAAACCAAGAUUAUUACCAUAAUAUUUAAGCAAAGUGAAUAAUGUUUUGAAUUUACACAAAGGUACUGUCAUUGUCUUAUUAGAACCAAUGAAUUCUGGAUAUUUGAGAUUGUUUGAUACAAUAAUUAAUUAUUUGA